GGAUAUCGGACGAUUUUCUUCUCCUAUCCAUUCUGCAUAUAUAUCUACGAAAGAACAUCAAUGUCACAUCGAAUCAUAAAAAUUCUAAAGUGCGCCUUCAACAAGAAAAGAUAGUGUUCGUUAAUCGUUAGUCUCCAGAUCUGGCUGUCUACGUUCUACAGUGCACCUACACUCAGAAGAAGGAGAGUGUUAGUUAAAUUAAACAAGUCUGUAGAUCUGCGCUCAACUCAACACCAUUUAACCAUCUGCCGCGAUUGCAACUGUAUCCAGAGAAACCCGCUAAUUGUGGAGGAAUUUCGCGCCACAUCCAUUUCGUUGAAUUACUAGAGGAAGCAUUAUAAUAACAAUGGCUAUAAGGAAGCCUGGUGUGAUUGCUUUAUUUGAUGUGGAUGGUACGCUUACAGCUCCAAGAAAGGUAGCAACUCCAAAUAUGUUAGAGUUCACGCAGAAGCUUCGCGAGGUUGUGACAGUUGGUGUGGUUGGAGGAUCUGAUCUUGCUAAGAUAUCAGAGCAGCUUGGUAGAACAGUUAUCAUGAUUAUGAUUAUGUCUUCUCUGAAAAUGGCCUUGUCGCACACUCAGAGCUUGAAAUCAUUCCUUGGAGAAGAAAAACUCAAGGAGUUUAUUGAUUUUACACUCCAUUAUAUUGCUGAUUUGGAUAUCCCAAUAAAAAGGGGAACAUUCAUAGAGUUCCGAAGUGGGAUGCUUAAUGUAUCACCGAUUGGGAGAAAUUGCAGUCAGGAAGAGCGGGAUGAAUUCGAAAAGUAUGAUAAGGUAUUUCCCAAUGGUUGGGACAAGACAUAUUGCUUGAGAUACCUUGACGAUUUUCUUGAAAUUCACUUCUUUGGGGACAAAACUUACAAGGUAGGAAACGACUAUGAAAUCUAUGAAUCAGAGCGAACGGUGGGUCACAAAGUUACCAGCCCCGAGGAUACAGAAGAGCAAUUGUACAGCUCUCUUCCUUGCUAUGCACAAUCAAAGCUCUUAAAUUUAUGGCAACGGCAAUUUCAUGUGUUCAAUUUUAUGUCAUUGUAAUUUUUACAUUGGUAAAAAUAAGUGCUGCACAACCAGCAGUAAGCAGUAGUGCAAGUUAAAUAUGUAAUAUUUUAGAAUAGAAAUGAAAUCUUGUGCCGGUACGAACUAUGGAAACUAGCAAUUUCGUGUACUCAAAUUAUAUAUCGUCAUUUUUUAACUCUUGAAUAUAAAUUGUCUUUUUAGA